CGCCCAAGCACUACCCGCCUUACGAGACCCAUAGAACAGGUAAGUACAAUGUUGCGAGUAGCGGGUGCAGUCGCUUUGGCUGUGGCCACACUGCUGGCCUGUUGCAGUGCUGAUCUUCAUCAGGAUCAAGAUAUGAGUGUAGGUGAACACCGCAGUGGAGACUACGAUACCAAUGGUCACAAGCCACGUAAUUUGGAACCUGUCAGCGGUGGACAUUUAGUUCGCGAAGUUAGGGAGCUACGCCAAUUCCCUUAUUUCAUGGGUAGGAGGUUCGAAUAUGGAAGUCCUUAUGGAGGUAAGCGCGAUCCGUGGCCCCUUGCGUCUCCAAUCGAGUACGGAUAUUACGGAGAGGGACUUCCCAAGCGCAAUUUCGACGAGAUUGACCGCUCGAACUUGGAUAACUUCGUGAAGAAGCGCAACUUCGACGAAAUCGACCAGACUUCAAUGCCCUUCCCAUUCAAGCGUUUCUAUCAUCUCUAUGGACCUAACAAUUUGGAUACACCCGUAUCAAAUUUCGACAAGAAGAGGUACAGACCAGACUACCCCAUGGACGAGAUCGACCUCUCUCAAUUUCCCAUCGGAUCAAAACGUGCCUACGACUUCCCCGCCGCACACCCCCUACGAUAAACUCAAUAUCGAGGAAUACCUAAACUUUUAAAAUUAUCGACUAUUUAUAUUUUUCUUUUAUCUGUCACGUGUCUCUUGUAUAUUUUAGUAAAACCGGUCUUAAUAACUUCAAAAUGAAAUUUAUCCGCACUUAGAGUUCCCCUUACGUGACUAAACUUUGUAAUUAUGCAAAAUUCGUAAUCCAAAGAUAUCUCCAAAUAUUCAGAAAGUAUAAGCUCCAAAUAAAUAAUGAUAUUAUAUAGUGUAAAUGUGUCAGUAUU